GGCGAAUGUCCGCAGAUUGUGUGGACAGCGCUUCGCCCACGACAACCACUCCCGUAUUCACUCAUUUACCACGGAAUUACGAGACGUCCCAAUGCGGUAUUUAUUGUCUACAUUAUAGCCAUUAUAGCCAUUAUGGCCGUAAUUCCACAGAUGCAUCGAUAAAUCAUGCGGUGGACGGUGCAAAUUGCGGAAAGUGGAUAGCAAAGUCUCUCACGACAACCUAUCACCUUCACACCCAGACAGGUAAAUCUUUUCUCGGAUGCAAUAAAGUAAAUUUUCCUUUUCCUUUUCCUUUUCCUUUUCCCUCGACAUCUGUGAUCUUAUUCAUUGGUUCAUCCGCCGGCCCUCCCAACCCCUCCAUUCUACCCAUACAAACCCACCCAUUUCUUCCCAACCUUGUCUUUUUUCCUUGCUCACUGUUGGUCCCAUCUGCCGCAUUGGGAAAAAGAAAAGAGCUUUCCCUCAUUGCCUUACCACAUCACAAGUCUCUCCGACUUUUUUCUCCCAACCUGCAAGUCAACCUCACUCCAUCUCCUCUUUUUCCCCCCCCUUGUGUAGCCAUCUCACAAGCAGGAGAAAAAAGUGAGUAGAAGAGAAAGUAAACAUCCAGGUUCUCCCGGAUGUCUCUUUUUCGAUACAUUUCUCACCUACCAUACGCAAUCUUCAAUCCAACCAUGUUCGGUCGUUUGUUAGGUCGUACCGCUUCCCCUCCAAGGGCUCUUGGAGCUCCUCUUUCUCGCACAACUACUACGACAUCAGGUGGAGAGGAUUCAACUACAUCUGCCGAGCGAGAUGCUAGGGAUAAGGAAAUCGUCGAGGCUGCGAUCGAGGAGGCUGUCAAGAAGGCCUUGAACUCGGAUGUAUUCUCAAAUGCCAUCGCUACCUCUUUGGUCUCGCAGAUUAAACCAGCCUUCGAAUCGUCUAUCGCUUCUAUCCCUACCGCUAUUCAAAAUGUUUCCCUCAAUGUUGAUGCUGUCGAUACGAAACUCGCUGCCACAGCUACCAAGCUUUCUCAACAAAUCGAUGCCAGCAAUGCAGAGACUGCAAGCAAACUGGCUGCCGUCGAAGAAGCUGUUGCCAAGCUUACAUCUUUGUUGGAGGGAUUGAACGAAAAGUCUGCUUCUCCACAGGAUACAUCGGUUUUGGAAUCGCACACUACAAAGUUGGAUGGAAUUGCUACAGAGGUUGCUGCUCUUAAGAGUUCUACAAAUGAGGAGGCAUUCAAUGCCAUCACAUCCGACCUUGCUAUUAUCAAGAGUGAUGUUGCCGCCAUCAAGGAAUCUGACUCAAGUGCUACCUCCAAGGAUAUCCUCUCCGCUGUUAACUCUUCCAAUGAAUCUCACGCUUCCCACGCUGCUGCUUUGAACGAAAUCAAGUCUGCUGCUGAAGGACAUGCUUCAACUCUUGGAGAGAUCAAAUCUACUCCUGCUUCUGCCCCAACUGAUAUUUCUGGUCUCGAGAACUCCAUCAAGGAUAUUGCUGCUUCCAUCGAGGAAAUCAAGUCCGCACCUGCACCAUCUACUGUCGAUAUCUCUGGUCUUGAAUCAUCCGUUAAGGAAAUUCUCUCUACUUUGGGUGAAGUUAAGGAAACUGUUUCUGCUCCAGCUGCCACUGUUGAGAAGACUGAUAUUUCUGGAUUGGAAGCUUCUGUUAAGGAGAUCUCUGCUACCGUCAAUGAAAUUAAAUCUACCCCAGCUCCAGCUCACGAAACCAUCGACCUUUCUCCAAUUGAUGCUCAACUUAAGGAAGUUGCCUCUAACGUUGCAGCUAUUAAGGAAUCUACCUCUACCCCAGCUGCUACUCCUGAACCAACUGAUAUUUCUGGCUUGGAAUCUUCUGUCAAGGACAUCAUUGCUACUCUCCAGGAUAUCAAGACUUCUACUGGUGCCACUCCUAAGGAAAUUGACUUCACUCCAAUCACAUCUUCCCUCGAAUCCCACAAGAGCACCCUCGAGGAAAUCAAGUCUUCCGCUUCUGGACCAGUCGACCUUUCUUCUCUCGAAUCCUCCAUUGCUGAAAUCAAGGCAUCCCUCGAAUCUCAUUCCGGUGCUCUCAACGAAAUCAAGUCUAUUCCAGCACCAGAAAAGACUGAUCUCUCUACCAUUGAGAGCUCCGUUAACGAGAUUAAGACUAUUGUUGAGGAAAUCAAGGCCAAGGAAACUCCAUCUGCCGAGAAGGUUGAUUUGAGCAAUGUUGAAUCUUCAAUUGAAUCCAUCAAGGUAUCUGUUGAGGAAAUCAAGACCAAGGAAUAUCCAACUGCCGAGAAGGUCGAUUUGAGCAACGUUGAAUCAUCUAUCGAAUCUGUUCGGGCAAUUGUUGAGGAAAUCAAGACAAAGGAGACCCCAGUUGCUGAAAAGGUUGAUUUGAGUCAAAUCGAGUCAUCCAUCGAGUCUGUCAAGGCCUCUAUUGAGGAGAUUAAGACUAAGGAAACCCCAGCUGCCGAAAAGGUUGAUUUGAGCCAAAUCGAGUCAUCCAUCGAGUCUGUCAAGGCAUCUAUUGAGGAGAUCAAGACUAAGGAAACCCCAGCUGCCGAAAAGGUUGACUUGAGCCAAAUCGAGUCAUCCAUCGAGUCUGUCAAGGCAUCUAUUGAGGAGAUCAAGACUAAGGAAACCCCAGCUGCCGAAAAGGUUGACUUGAGCCAAAUCGAGUCAUCCAUCGAGUCUGUCAAGGCAUCUAUUGAGGAAAUCAAGACAAAGGAGACCCCAGUUGCCGAAAAGAUUGAUUUGAGCGCUAUUGAGGCAUCAAUUGCCUCUGUCAAGAGCACAGUCGACGAAAUCAAGGCUAAAGAAUCACCAGCCCCAGAAUCAGUUGAUUUGAGCAAGAUUGAAUCUUCCAUCGAGUCCGUCAAGUCCAUCGUUGAAGAAAUCAAGGCCAAGGAGGCUCCAGCUCACGAAAAGGUUGAUUUGAGUGUAAUUGAGGCAUCCAUUGCUUCAGUUAAGAUGACUGUUGAUGAAAUUAAGGCUACUCCAGCUCAAGAACAAAAGGCAGUUGAUCUUUCCAACAUUGAGUCUUCCAUUGCAGCUGUCAAGGCUACAGUGGAUGAAAUUAAGGCUACACCAGCCCCAACUCAUGAAGCUACUGACCUUUCUAACAUUGAAUCAUCUAUUGCUGCUGUCAAGUCAUCCGUCGAUGAAAUCAAGGCUGCUCCAGCACCAGAAAAGAUUGAUCUCAGCUCAAUUGAAUCAUCUAUCUCUGAGAUUAAGGCAGCUAUCGAAGAAGUCAAGGCAUCACCUGCACCAGAAAAGAUUGAUCUUUCCAACAUCGAGUCCUCUAUCGCCUCCGUCAAGACUACCGUUGAUGAAAUCAAAUCUACUCCAGCUCCAUCCUUCAAGGAAACUGAUAUCACUGGUCUUGAAUCUUCCGUCAAAGAAAUCAUUACAAGCAUCUCUGCCCAAGAUGGUGUCUUGACUGAAAUUAAGACUACAACCGAGAAAUUUGAUACCAAGGAAGUUUUGACCAAGGUAGAGUUGAUUGCUCAAGAGGGUGUUUUCUUGAAUGAGAAGGGACUUGGUCAAAUCAAGGAGAAUGUUAAAACUAUUGAGUUGAAGUCACCAGCUACACCAACAUCUCCAACAACCCCAACAUCUCCAACAUCUCCAGGAUCCCCAUCAUCUUCGACAUCCCCAUCAAAGUCUACCCUUAAGAAGAAGAAGAGAAAGGCAGCGGCUGCUGCUGCUGCUGCCGCGGCCGCAUCAGGAAAUGCUACUCCUGAGAAUAAGUCUGAAGCCGAGAACGAACAAGCGGCUUAAAUAUUCUCUUCUGAUUUUUAAUUUGUUCAGUUAGGGGAAUGUUUAUGACGAGAAGAAAAUAGGUGAAGGGUGUAUGAUGGUGGAGAAUUGAGUGGAUGGAUAUGAUGAAUGUCUACUAAUACUGGACAAAAUGGCAAUUAUAUGGAGGAGCUAAUAAUGAUGAUGUAAUGGGGGGAUAGUCUUCUAAUAUGUCUAAUGGAUACCAAAACCUUGUAUACAUUUCUAUCAUAUUUUUGAGCAUUUGCAUUUGUAUUUACUGUGGCUUUUGCUUGGUUUGCAUUGCACAUUUUGCGAUGUCUCAUUGCAUUGCAUUGUUUGCAAACAUGCGAGCAUUAUACCCGUCUCUCUUACUUUAUUGAUGUAGGUGUGUGUAUGUAUUGAGAUGGGAAACCGGAGGGGUGAUUUUUUUAUGAAUUAUGAUGAUUGUUGAUGGGGGAUUGGGAAUAGAGGAUGAGUGAUAGAUGGUGGUGAUUAGUAGUCGAGGUGGAGGUAGUGAAUGAAAAUAUGCAAUUUCAUCUUAUA